CUCCGUGGGGGAGGCGGCAACAUUGUUUCAAGUUGGACAAAUUGACAAGAGGCGUACUUCCACUGCGUUCCAUCCCGACCGGGGCCCGGCGGCUGGCCUCGGCUUCCCCUCCUCGUCCCCCCCGAGAGUCGGGCCCGCUGUCUCCAGGGUUCCCAGGCCCCCCGCUCCGGGGCCGAGCGGACCCGACUCGCUGGCGCUUCAUGGAGAACUUCCAAAAGGUAGAGAAGAUCGGAGAGGGCACGUACGGAGUAGUGUACAAAGCCAGGAACAAGUUAACCGGAGAAGUGGUGGCGCUCAAGAAAAUCCGGCUGGACACUGAGACUGAGGGUGUGCCCAGCACUGCCAUCCGAGAGAUCUCUCUGCUUAAGGAGCUUAACCACCCUAAUAUUGUCAAGCUUCUAGAUGUCAUCCACACAGAAAAUAAGCUCUACCUGGUUUUUGAAUUUCUGCACCAGGAUCUCAAGAAAUUCAUGGAUGCUUCUGCUCUCACUGGCAUUCCUCUUCCACUUAUCAAGAGCUAUCUGUUCCAGCUGCUUCAGGGCCUAGCAUUCUGCCAUUCUCACCGUGUCCUACACCGAGACCUUAAGCCCCAGAAUCUGCUUAUCAAUGCAGAGGGUUCCAUCAAGCUGGCAGACUUUGGACUAGCAAGAGCCUUUGGAGUCCCUGUUCGUACUUACACCCAUGAGGUGGUGACCCUGUGGUACCGAGCACCUGAAAUCCUUCUGGGCUGCAAAUACUACUCCACAGCAGUGGACAUCUGGAGCCUGGGCUGUAUCUUUGCUGAAAUGCACCUAGUGUGUACCCAGCACCAUGCUAAGUGCUGUGGGGAACACAGAAGAAAUGGAAGACACAGUCUCUGCCCGCUGUGCUCCUAUCUAGAAGUGGCUGCAUCACAAGGAGGGGGGAUGAUCGCAGUGUCUACCCCAUACCCCGUGACCCGCCGGGCCCUAUUCCCUGGAGAUUCUGAGAUUGACCAAUUGUUUCGAAUCUUUCGGACUCUGGGAACCCCAGAUGAGGUGGUUUGGCCAGGAGUUACUUCUAUGCCUGAUUAUAAGCCAAGUUUUCCCAAGUGGGCCCGACAAGAUUUUAGCAAAGUUGUGCCUCCUCUGGAUGAAGAUGGACGGAGCUUGUUAUCGCAAAUGCUGCACUAUGACCCCAACAAGCGGAUUUCGGCCAAAGCAGCGCUGGCUCACCCUUUCUUCCAGGAUGUGACCAAGCCAGUACCCCACCUUCGACUCUGAUACCCUUCGCACAGUCCUCACCCUCAGUCUUAUCUUCUCCAGUGUGAGCUGAUCUGACUUGACUCUGGGCUGUGUGGACCCAGGUGGGCCCUCUGAUCUUUUCUGGCUGCCUUAGCACUCACCUCUUCUCUUGGCCAGCCUUCCCUGGGGAUUCAGAGGUGCAGGGAAGGAACAGGUGAAAAUGAAAGAAGUUUCAAUAUUCGAUGCACUUAACUCAGCUUCCACCACUUUCUCUCCUUCUUCAUUACUGAAGAGGACUGGUAUUCAAAACAAGAUAAAACUGGCCAUUCUUCCCCUACAUCAAGUUUGCCAUCCCGGUCUUGGGGUGUCCCAUUACUAUUAUUCCUUGUGUUUAGGACAGGCACCCCAUACCUCCUGCUGCCACUGUUUUUGUAAAGGCCAAUUGAUAGCAGGGGUGUAGGUUUGAACAUUUGAGAGGCAAGGAAAACCAAACCAUGGGGAGAGAUCUGUUUUAAAGAAUUAGGUUAAAAACUAGAUCCAGUUUAUACCCUAGUUGUAGUUGUUUCACCUGACCUAACAGGCUACUGGACUCAGGCCCAGAGUGAGAAGCAAAGAAGUAACUCCAUGCAGGGCACUUGUGUGUCCCUCCUAUGAGCAAGAGGAGUCCGGAGGCUCCCCCCCUGUAAGGGGAGGGACAGGGAUUGUGUCUCACUCUGAUCUGCUCUUUCGCCUCAGCCUAAUGAGGCAGGUGAAAGAUGUUUGUAUUUUUCUUUUAGGAAUCUUAGUUACUCAGUGGCCAGGGAUCCCUGCUCUCAUCUUCCUAUGAAAGUCACCUCUCACCUUGUAGAAGUUGGAAGUGAGGGGUCUAGAUGUCAUUUUGAGAAUGCUGACACUUUUUUCAAGACUAACUGGUCAGCACAUUGGAAAAAAUAUUUCUAUAAAAGGAUGAACAAUUAUAUUUAUAUUUCAAGUUAUAGUAAUUUUUUUUUUGUCAGUGUGGCUGGAUUUGUUGCCAUGUGCACCUUGGGGUUUUGUAAUUCAAUUUUUUUUUAAGUAUUUCUCUCCUUUUCUCUGACUUCUUUCUUCUCCCAUCCUUGUCCUAGAGUGCUCUUUCUAUUAACAUUAUUUGUAAUUUGGUUUGUAAUUCAUUAAAACAAAAUGUUCCCA